UUAGCACUUAAUGUCCUGUUAUUGUAGGGACGUAAGUCUUGCUAAACAUGAUAUGUUCAAGGCUAAGUAGGAGAACUCAUCCCUUGCCAUAUCUUAGGGCACUGCAAACCAACUCUCUUGAAUCCAGAUGCCUAUCUAUCCUUUCUAAAAGAACAAGUUACAGGUUCAUUAAUCCUAAAACCAGCUUCCAACACAAUUUCUCUUGUAAUAUUCCGGUAUCAAAGUUUAACCAAGAAUUGUACCAUCUGAGUUACCGUUCUUCAGCUCUUGCUUCACAGAAUGUUGGAAAGUCAUGUUCCAUUCCUGGUUUGCGACACUUCUCAUCUCAUGCAUCCAAAGAGCAGAAAUCACAAAAAAUGCUUUUAUACUUGACGGGCUUAGUUUUUGCUAUGGUUGGCUGCACGUAUGCUGCAGUUCCCCUUUACAGGAGAUUCUGCCAAGCCACUGGCUACGGGGGAACUGUCACCCGGCGUGAGACGGUUGAAGAAAAGAUUGCUCGACAUGAUUGCAAUAAUACAGUCUCCACAAGGGAAAUAGUGGUGCAGUUCAAUGCUGAUGUUGCUGAUGGGAUGCAAUGGAAGUUUAUUCCCACACAGAGAGAGGUUAGGGUCAAGCCCGGUGAAAGUGCCCUCGCAUUUUAUACUGCGGAAAACAAAAGUUCUACUCCAAUAACAGGUGUUUCUACGUAUAAUGUGACUCCAAUGAAGGCUGCAGUGUACUUCAAUAAAAUACAAUGCUUCUGCUUUGAAGAGCAGCGACUUCUUCCCGGAGAGCAGAUUGACAUGCCUGUAUUUUUUUAUAUUGACCCGGAAUUUGAGACGGAUCCUAAAAUGAAUGGUAUCAAUAACAUCAUGUUAUCAUAUACCUUCUUCAAGGUUCCUGAGGAAUAAGACCAACAUGAAUGUUCACGUGAAAUUCAAAUAAAAUCUCCUUCCAAUUCAAAGUACAAAGAGGCAGAGCACAUUGAUGAAGCUUGAGUUUUCGUUACUUAUGAUAACCUUGUGAUCAAGUUUUGAAGGUUCAAGGUACAAUGCCAUGACAUCAGUGAAUUAUGCUGAUUUUCUGGUGCUUCUAAGUUAAAACAGCAUUUGGAGUACCUCCUGAAGUUAGCCAUUUAGAUUAAUUAUUUUGCUUUAAAAGUUAUUGAAAUUCAUGUUGGCAAAAAAGGUAUGUUAGAAUAACGUGUAUGGUCAAUGGAAACUAGGAAGGUUUGAGUUUUGGUGUAAGUCUAAUGAGGCAUUUAUUUUAUACUUUUAUAAAACUCAAUUAUUUAUAGAUGAU